AUGCGCACCUCCCUCGCCUCCGCCUGCCUCGCGCUCCUCGGAGCGGCCCGUCUCGCGACCGCCCUCCUCCCCGUCUCCGUCAAAGACAACAUGUUUGUCGACUACAACGGCGACCCCUUCGUCGUCGUCGGCGUCGACUAUCAGCCCGGCGGCUCCUCCGGCUACACCAACAGUGCCUCCUCCGACGUGCUUUCCGAGGAAGACGCCUGUCUUCGCGACGCGUACUUGCUCCAGAAGCUCGGCGUCAACACCAUCCGUGUCUACACCGCCCCUGGCUUAACCACGACGCCCUGGCUUAACCACGACGCGUGCAUGUCGAUUUUCAACGCGGUCGGCAUCUACGUGAUCCUCGACGUCAACAGCCCGCUUGGCGGCGAGUCCAUCUCGCGCGGCGACCCCUCGUCGUCCUACAACGAGGGCUAUCUCAAGCGCGUGUUCUCAAUCGUCGACGCCUUCAUGGGCUACUCCAACCUGCUCGGCUUCUUCGCCGGCAACGAGAUUGUCAACGACGCCGCGUCCGCCGCGGUCUCGCCGCCCUACAUCCGCGCCGUGCAGCGCGAUAUCAAAAAUUACAUCGCCCUGCACGCCAACCGCACGAUCCCCGUCGGAUACUCUGCCGCGGACGCGAACUCGCUCCGGCUUGCUGGGUGGGAGUAUCUCCAGUGCGGCGGCGAGGAGGACACCGACUCUGACAUUUACAUCUCGCGCUCGGACUUUUACGGCCUGAACUCGUACCAGUGGUGCUCCGGCAUCUCGACCUGGGAAACUAGUGGCUACGGCACGCUCGUCAGCACUUUUGCAAACUCCUCGAUCGCGCUCUUCUUCUCCGAGUUUGGCUGCAACACCGACACGCCGCGCACGUUCACCGAAAUCAACGGCGGCGUGUACACGGAGAAGAUGAUGGCUGUCUUUGACGGCGGCUUGGUGUACGAGUACUCGGAGGAGGACAACAGCUACGGUCUCGUCUCGAUCGACUCCGACGGCUCCGUCACGCUCAAGGACGACUACGCCAACCUGCAGAGCGCGUACGCAAACAUGACCUACUCCGACUUCAUCUCGGACUCGCUCAUCAACAACGCGACCUCGCCGACCUGCAACGCGACCUACAUCGAGUCGAUCGACUCGGACUUCAACGCGACCUUCACGCUCCCGGACUGCCCGGCCGAGAGCAUGCUCAAGUCCGGCAGCGGCAACAACAACAUCGGCAAGUGGAUCAAGCUCAACAGCACGCAGACCUCCUACUCCAUCUACGACACCGACGGCAACGAAAUCUCAGACACCGAAAUCGACGUCGUCUCGGACCAGACCGUGCCCGACUACUCGUCCGACUCGUCUUCUUCCGUAUCGUCGUCCACAACCGCAAAGGCAACCGCCACCUCCGCAUCCUCGUCGUCCUCCGCCUCCGCCUCCGCCUCCGCGACCACAACCGCGGCCUCGAGCUCUUCCACCGCGGCUGCUCCGGGAAGCAUCUACUACUCCGGCGGCACCUCGUGGGCGAUCUCCUUUGCCUCUCUUUUCAUGGCGAUGUUUGCUCUGUGA